AUGUUGGCUACCCGCUGCCUUUGCCGUCGUCCUCUUUAUGGUUUGUGGACUCAGUCGAGGAGGAGCUACUACUGGGGCUCCACUGUCACCACUGAGAUGCACAACGUGUCACCAACCCAGGUUACGAGACUUCCGAAUGGUAUGAGAGUCGCCACUCAAUUUUCUUAUACGGAUUCCGCGACAGUUGGUUUGUGGAUUGACGCCGGUGCUAGAUAUGAAACUAAAGAGUCUAACGGAACUGCUCAUUUUUUGGAGAGAGUUCUUUACAAGGGCACCAAGAACAGAUCGCGCGAUCAGCUGGAAACAGAGGUUGAAAAUCUUGGCGCUAAUUUGAAUUCCUACACUGGUCGCGAACAAACAGCAUUUUAUGCUAAAACGACUAAAGAUGGUAUUUUGCCAUGUAUUGACAUUUUGGCGGACUGCAUUCUCAACCCUAAACUAGACGGUGAUGAAAUUGAAAAAGAACGGGUUCGUAUUACACAAGAUCUUCAAGCUGUGAAUCAAUCUUAUGAAGAACUACUUUACGAUAAAGUCCACACAGCCUGUUAUAGAGAUUGCUCGCUAGGGCAAACUGUCAUUGGUCCCGAAGAAAAUGUGGCGACGAUCAAGCGCGACCAUAUGGUGAAUUACCUCUAUAAUAACUUCACCGCUGAUCGAAUGGUUCUUGUUGCUGUUGGGCCUGUUGAUCACGCUCAAAUUGUGAAGGAAGCGGAAAAAAAGUUUGCAAAUAUUCGACCGACUGCAGGGCCGCGUAUGUUGGAGGAAAAACCAUAUUUUUGCGCAUCGGAAUUGGUGUAUAGAAAUGAUGAUAUGGGUCCUACGGCUCACAUUGCGAUCGCUUAUGAAGGAGUGCCCUGGAGAAGUCCCGACUACAUCACGUUUAUGUUGAUGAAUGCGAUUAUUGGUAGCUAUGAUAAGAAAAAUGAAGGUUUGGUUCCGGGUCUGCAAUCAGCGAAUCGCAUCACACAGACUGGCGCCACUAGAAUGGACGUUGGGUGUUUUGAUUAUUAUACCGGUUUUAACAUCGCAUAUAAGGAUACGGGCUUGUUUGGAUUCUAUAUUGCUACGGAUGAAGUCGCGGUUGAGCACGCAGUCGGUGACCUUAUGUUCGGGGUGACGAGCUUUUCGUAUUCGCUGACUGAGGAGGAAGUUAUGAAGGCUAAGAGAGAACUCAAGACCAAUUUCUUCUCGGGACUGGAUAACACUACAGGAGUUGCUGAGGAUAUUGGUCGGCAAAUUUUGGCAUAUGGCCGAAGACUCUCUCCCGCGGAAUUUGUUGAGAGGUUGGAUCAAAUAGAUUCCCAGGAGGUCCAACGUGUUGCUUGGAAUCGCCUACACGAUGCUGAGAUCACUAUGACUGGUGUCGGCCCCUUACACGGUUUACUUCAACUGUGGGAUCUCAGGAGACAAACUUGGUGGUGGAGAUAUUAA